AUGAAACGUGAAGAUUCCACUCCCUCACCCUCCAAGGAGGCGAACCUCGACACCUUGUCCGGAGAGCGUCACUUGCCCGCAGAGGAGGAUCACUUGCCCUCUCUCUUGGACGAGAAUGUCGAGCCCCCACGGACCAUACCUCUCAAAUACCGGCUCGUGGCAUUCGUCAUGAUUGUGUUCUUCUCCUCCGGCAGCAGCUACGCUCAGGCCGUCAUCUCGCCUCUCAAGUCGACCUUGCGCAAAGAGCUUGGCAUCAACAAUGCUCAGUACGGUGCAAUUGCUAGUGCCGAUAACCUUAUCAACGCCAUUCUGCCCAUUAUCGGUGGUAUUGGUAUUGAUUACUGGGGUGCGACAUAUGCCGCAAUCAUCUCUUCUGUUUUCAUCCUCAUUGGCACCAUUAUCUCCUCCUUGUCUGCGAACACUGGUAGCUUUGGCUUGAUGCUCGGCGGUCGGAUCAUCAUGGGCUUUGGCUCUACAAUCAUUGAGACAACACAAAACAAGCUGUACGCCCAUUGGUUCCACGGUAGCCAGCUUGGUCUCACAUUUGGCAUCGACGUUGCCUGGAAUCGUGUGAUCAGCAUCAUUGCCAAGGCUACUGCCGUCCCGCUGAGCAAUGUCAAUGGCUGGUGGGGCUGGGCAUUAUGGAUCCCAACCAUUCUCUGUGCUUUCAACCUUGUCCUGUGCUGCGUCUACUGGUUCUAUGAGCGCAAAGUGCCCAAGGCCUACCGUCCCGUCCUCGGCCGCGAGGCGUACUCCAAAGAAGGCUGGAGCAAGCGGAAGUUCCCCAUCCGCGCACUGGGCAAUCUUCCAAUGUUCUUUUGGAUCUUCUGCGCAACCCAGGUGUUGCAAAACGGCUCAGUGGGCGUCUACACCUCCAACUUGGCGGACAUACAGACCCAAACCCGUGGCACUAGCGCACUUGCCGCUGGAUACAAUUCCUCUCUCCAAGGUGUUAUCCCUAUUGUUCUCACCCCAGCCGUUGGUUGGUUCUUUGACAAGUAUGGAUGGCGAAUGGCCUUCGUCUCCAGCACUGCUGCCCUUUACAUUGUCGUCUUCGUCCUUAUCGGCUUGACUACUGUCCACCCCUUGGCCCCCAUCCUCAUUUCCUCGUUUGCCCUCUCGUCCAACGCCAUCACAUUCCUCUGCACUAUUCCCGUUCUCCUUGGAGACGACGCACUACUCGGAACCGCUAUUGGAGUAUGGAAAGCCUUCCAAAAUGCCAAUUCGACCAUCAUGGAUGUUGCUGCCGGUGCUAUCCAAGACAAGAGCAGCACAAACAGCUACGAUGCUGUCAUCUACUUUAUUAUCGCCAUCAAGUGCGUUGAGUUUAUCCUCGGCCCUGUCUACGACUACCUUGACGGCCGAUGGCUGGGCCAUUCGCUUCGCAUGUCCGAGGACCAGCGUGUCGAGUUUAGGGAAAAGGCCAAAGAGGCAGAGCUAGACCUGCCAGGAUGGAGAGUCAACAAAAAGGUUCUCUAUGUCGUCCUCGGCCAGCUGACCUGUAUGAUCAUCGUUGCCUAUGUGGGUUAUCGAACAAAACGGUUGUCAAAGGACAAGGCUCAAGUCCCUACAAUGUGA